AACUUCUACAAGGCUUGAUUUCAGAGUGAUGGUAAAAUGGCGGAGUACUUAGCAAGUAUAUUCGGUACAGAGAAGGACAAGGUUAACUGUUCCUUCUACUUCAAGAUCGGGGCCUGCAGACACGGAGAUCGAUGCUCGAGGAUUCACAAUAAGCCAACCUUCAGCCAAACUCUAGUGGUACAGAACCUUUACAUAAAUCCUCAAAACACGUCUAAGACGGCCGAUGGAUCUCAUAUGAACCAAGUCACCGAUGAGGAAAUGCAGGAACAUUAUGACAACUUUUUUCAAGAGGUUUUUGUAGAAUGUGAGGAUCGAUACGGAGAGAUUGAGGAGAUGAAUGUUUGUGAUAACCUUGGUGAUCAUCUGGUGGGGAAUGUUUACAUCAAGUUCAGAUAUGAGACAGACGCUGAAAAGGCAUCAAAUGAAUUGAAUAACAGGUGGUUUGGUGGGCGUCCUAUCUACGCAGAACUUUCUCCUGUCACCGAUUUUAGAGAGGCUUGUUGCAGGCAGUAUGAGAUGGGAGAAUGUACUAGAGCCGGCUUUUGUAAUUUUAUGCAUCUCAAGCCAAUAUCCCGAGAGCUAAGAAAAGAGUUAUACUCUAGAAUAAUUGGAUCUGGAAUCAAACGAAGACGCUCUAGUCGUAAGAAAGAUAAACAGAAAGGAAAAGAAAAUGUUCCCGAGUAAUGACUCGGAGAUAAUUUAUCCAGAAAACCCUCAGUACUUCAGCCUAAUCGCAUUUAUGAAACUAAUGAUCUCUUCUUGUAACAACCGUUUAUUUACGUAGAAACCAAGUCAUUAAUCUGUAUGUGCUAGUCAUAGAAUGUUUUAAAAUAUUGUAAUUUUUGUUGUGUAUUGUGUAACUAUGUUUUAUUAAUUCUGUUUUAGUAACUCACUCUUUUAUCCCUUGAUUCUGUGAUAUUCUAUUGUAUUGUUAUGUCUGUUUGAUUCAGAAA